AUGUCGAUCUCCCCAUUCCUCAACCUUCCCCGCGAACUGCGCGACCAAAUCUACACCCACGCCCUGCACCACCCCACCGGCCUGCACCUCUCCUUCAACACCACCCGCGGCCCGCACCAACCCGCCCUCACCAACCCCGCACCCGCCACUCACCCCCUCGCCCUAACGCAAACCAGCGCCCUCCUCCGCGCCGAAACGUCCACCCUCCCCUACGCCCUCAACGAAAUCCACCUGCACACGACCUUCAGCCAUCAAAUCCGGCAAAUAGGCGAGCCGCCUUCAGCCGAGAAGUCGCCUUUUACAAUCCAUCAAUCCCUCACAGCAUGGUUGGAUGCGAUAGGCGCGCGCAACGCGGGUGCGAUCCGGCGACGACAUACAUUCUCUUCUUCCAAACGCAUUGCGGAACUGCUGCCGCCCCGCAAGCAAAAGUACACGUAACCUUCACUUUCGAUCUUCGCUUGUCGAAUUUACCCGGCUGGUCCUCGCUCGCUCUCCCAGAUGUAGAUCUGCAGCGCGCGGGCGCUACGUCGCUGCAGCUGGAGCGCGCGCUGCUGGCGCAUGCGAGGAAGAUUCGCGCUGCGAGUGCGGAUAGUCGGAUUGAUGGGCAGGCGGUUGUAAGGCUGAUGAUGCGGUUGGAGAAUUGUAAGAGGGGGUUUCGCAUGUUUGGGCGGGGG